AUGGGUGCAGAAUUACUAUUAUACCUUACUCUAACAUUUGAAAACUUGGAAGAUUUCGGCUAUAAUGAUGAUACUACUCGUGUGGAGGGCUAUGCCUACAAGGCGAAAACAUUCGAGAAGGAGCAUCGUACCAUAGCUAAGAGGAAAGUCAUCCUGGGCGCUGUGAAUAACUGUGCUAUGGACUGCAGAUGGCAGGCGUUGCUCAUGGCUACUGCAAUUUCAGUCAUGGAAGAACAUGGACAGGCCACCCACGUCUCACUGCUGAGCCCGAGAAGUAUCCAGCGAAAGAUCAGGAGUGCUAGGAAACCACUACCCGAAUAG